AAUAAGUACAUUCCACAUGGUGGUAAGUGACAUGAAAACAAAAAACAGGGCAAUGUGACAGAGAGUUUUUGGAAGGAAUCUUUAAAUACAAUGGUCAGAGAAUUCCGAAAUGAGAAAAGCUAUAUAGACAUAAAAUUGCAAUGUGUGCCAGAAAAUUCUAAGGGUGAGAAAUUAAUCCUAGCAAGAGAUAAGGUUAGAAUGGUAAGAUGGGGUUCAUGAAGAACCUUGCAUGCCAUGAUAAAGAAUUUGAAAUUUGAAUUGAAGGUAAUGAAAAAUCACUGGAAGGUUUUAAGAUGGGAGGUGGGGAAAUUCUUGUUUUAGAACGUGGUAUAUGCUCUAUUAUACUUUUUAUGUUCUGCUUUUUAAACUUAUUUGUAAAUAUUUUCCUAUGUUGCUCAUAAUCUUCCUGUAAAUUAUUUUUGGAGGUUUAUCUUUUUGUAUAUACUGAGCAAGUUUGUAUAUUUUUACUUUGAGUAUUAUAGAGAUAGGAUAGUGCACCCCCAUUAAAUGAAUUCUGUAUCGUAGGUGUCUGACUGCUUUCCAAGCAGGAUGGUUCAUAUGCUGUUGAGCAAAUAUUUGGACAAAAUUUCCCAUUUAAAUAUCAAUGCUUGCCAUGGAAUCAUUUAGUGUCAGAUUCAUUAUACGGUCCAACACACAGCUGAGAGUCAGGCAACACACACAAGGCAGAAUAUGCAAGUGUUAGUGUCAACUUUAUAAGAAGAAAGACAGUCUCUGCCUACUGAAGGAAGACAUAUACAGAUCCCAUAGAAAUCUUGGAUAAAGUGCAGCUUCAGUAAGGGCAAAUAUAGGGAAAGACAACUGAUGAGUUGAAAAGACAUAGCUGAGGUUCAAGGAGGCUUGAGAGAGAGCAUCAGAAAGGAGGUAUAAUAGCCUAAAGACAGAAUAUCUAAUAAGUGGGACUAGGGUAGGUGAGUAUAUAAAAAUCAUAAAAGGAAAAUUUUUUCUAACAAAAACAUUUUAUUCCCUGGGUUUUUAUGCAGAUAUAUCCAAGCAAUGGAAAAGGGAAACCAAACCAAUGUCUCUGAAUUUCUCCUCUUGGGCUUCUCCAAUUGGCCAAGGCAGCAGGCACUCUUCUUUGCACUUUUUCUGUGCCUCUACCUAACAGGACUGUUGGGAAACUUACUCAUCUUGAUGGCUAUUGCUUCAGACCAUCUUCUCCACACACCCAUGUAUUUUUUCCUUGCCAAUUUGUCCUUGGUAGACCUCUGUCUUUCUUCAACUACAGUUCCCAAGAUGUUGCAGAAUAUCCAAACACAGACUCAGUCCAUAUCCUAUUCUGCCUGCCUAGCUCAGAUGUACUUCAGUAUAAUGUUUACCAACAUGGACAAUUUUCUGCUCACAGUGAUGGCAUAUGACCGUUAUGUGGCCAUCUGUCACCCUUUGCAUUACUCCACCAUCAUGACCCAGUACUUCUGUGCCUGCCUGGUGGCUGUUCCCUGGGUCAUUGCCACUUUGAACCCCCUCUUGCAUACCCUUUUGAUGGCCCGUCUGUACUUCUGCUCUAACAAUGUCAUCCACCAUUUCUUCUGUGAUAAUAACUCUCUUCUCCCUCUAUCCUGUUCUGACACCAGCCUUAAUCAGUUGAUGGUUCUGACUGUGGUGGGGCUGCUCUUUGUGGUACCUUCAGGGUGUAUCCUGGCAUCCUAUGCCCACAUCAUCUCUUCUGUGAUGAAAAUCCCUUCUGCCCAAGGAAAACUCAAGGCUUUCUCCACCUGUGGAUCCCACCUUGCCUUGGUCAUUCUUUUCUAUGGAGCAAUCACAAAGAUCUAUAUGACUCCCAUAUCCAAUCAUUCAACUGACAAAGACUUAGUGGCAUCAGUAAUUUUUAUUGUGGUAGCCCCUGUACUGAAUCCCUUCAUUUACAGUCUAAGAAACAAUGAACUGAAGGGAGCUUUAAAGAAGGUCCUAGGCCACAGAAAAAUCUUCUCCCAGUGA